CGUGAUUUAUUUUGUAUUUUUGUCCAAAAGUGUAUUAUUUUUUGGUUUAUCACUCAUAUGAAUAAUUGAUCCGUAAUUACAUUUGAAAAGGUCUGUAAUUAAUGACUUAACGUACAAGGCCCAAAAUUGAAAGGCCCGUGAUUUAAUCAAACUAAUUGGGCCUCCCUCGAAGUUAUUGGGCUUUAUCCCUGGCAAAAAAAUAGUUGAAAGGUAAGUCCACUGUCAGUUACUCCACUUGCUCAAAAACGGAAAACCAAUCUGUUUUUUUCUCACUCCACUGGCGGCGAUGGCGGCGGCCGGGAAACGAACGGUGACCCUCGGCGGCAAAGGAUCUUCUCUCACUCCCUCCUCCGUCUUCGAGGUCGCCAAUGGAUUCUCUCGCGUCACGAUCGACUCCUCCGCCCUCUCCCGACGCUCCUCCUCCUCCUCCUCGACUUCCACCGCCGCGAAAUUUUCAUUCGCUGUACCCAAUUAUUUCACCCGCGAGGAAGCUAGGGCUUCUUUGAUCCUCCUGUUGAACAAGCUAAUAAUUUCUUCGUUUUCUUCCUCCGCCGCGACCCAGCUGGUUGAGAUCCUCGAGCGAGAUGUUCAGAGCUCGGAUUACACCCUGAACGACGUCGCAUCGAGUGAUUUAGCGCAGCUGGAUUACUCCGUCGCGGCUGUUGACGGCGUUUCCGCUGUCCUCGACCACCGGUCGUCUGCUUUGUGUUCCAUCGCCGACGCCAUCGCGGCUAUCUCGUGUGAGGCCUUGCGAGCUGACGUGUCGCCGUUCAAUCUGAUGGACUCCGGCGACGGCUCCUCGGCGAAGGACGCGGUUGCGGUUGCCGCCGAUUUUAAAGUUUUCGUCAACGGGUCAAAGCUGGUCAACACCGGGAAAAAGCUUUUGGAUCCUUCGGUGGCGGAGAUUCCUUCUAUCCACGGCAAUUUUAGAGAGGUCUCUCGUUCCCUACACUCAAAAACCAGGGUUCAGUUGAAUUCCGGGUUCCGGGCUGGCUCAGCAAAGGACAUGUCUACCGCAUUGUCUUCUUUGGGUCUGUCCCUGCUGAAUUUGGGGGAUAUUAGUGUCCGCCGAUCAAACCUUCUUCUGGCGAACUCUAUUUCUGAUGUGGAGCUGCGUGCUCGUCUGGCGGAGAUGCUGGCGACCGAGUGCCCGGGUGCCGAUGCAUUAGAGCAGCUGUACUCGUCCUCUCAAGCUGCUCUCAGAAAGAAGGACUACCUUUUGUUCCUGCAUAGUAUUUAUGAAUUACUGGAUGUGGUUAGGAAGAUGGUUUCUUGGGAGGGGUUAGUUGCAUUUGUGUCGCUCGAAGGAAGUGAGAUUUUUGCCGGGAAAAUUCGAGGAGACAAUGGAAAUGAGGAUAAGGCUACGGAUGCGGAUAAUGUGAAAAAUGAUAAAAAGAGUGAGAAGAAAAAGAAGGUGGUUUUGGGGAAAGGAUCAAUUGCUCUUGUGCAGUUCAUCAAGGAUAGGUUGCUGGGUGGAGCAACAAAAGCUGACUUGGGCAAGUGCACUCAGGAUCUCCUCUCAUUGCUGGACCCAAGGGAUUCGAGGUUUGAUGAUCUCAUUUUGAAAGUGAAAGAGAUUGUUGAAAGCAAUGAAAGCAGAAGGUUGCCGAAGCUCCCUAAGGGUACUCGUGAUUUUGCAAAAGAGCAGAUGGCAGUUAGAGAGAAAGCUUUCUCAAUUAUAGUUGACGUUUUCAAAAGGCAUGGCGCCAUGGCUUUAGAUACUCCUGCUUUCGAGUUGAGAGAGACUCUUAUGGGGAAGUAUGGAGAAGACUCUAAGCUUAUCUAUGACCUUGCUGAUCAGGGUGGUGAGCUAUGUUCACUCCGUUAUGAUCUGACAGUCCCUUUUGCACGAUAUGUGGCUAUGAAUGGUCUGACGUCGUUCAAAAGGUAUCAGAUAGCCAAAGUGUACCGAAGGGACAACCCAUCCAAGGGAAGGUACCGUGAAUUCUAUCAAUGUGACUUUGAUAUUGCAGGCCAAUUCGAGAAGAUGGGUCCGGACUUUGAAGUCAUCAAGAUCUUGACCGAGUUGCUUGAUGAGCUUGAUAUUGGAGAUUAUGAGGUUAAAUUAAAUCACCGGAAGCUACUUGAUGGGAUGCUAGCUAUUUGUGGGGUGCCACAAGAGAAAUUCAGAACUAUCUGCUCGAGCAUUGACAAACUAGACAAGCAAACAUUCGAGCAGGUGGAAGAAAAAGGUCUAACUGAGGAGACUGCGGAUAAAAUCGGAACUUUCGUUAAACACAGAGGUUCCCCUGUGGAGCUACUGUGUAAGUUAAAGCAAGAAGGCAGCGAGUUUUUAACCAACCGUGAUGCUGAGCUGGCAUUGAAUGAAUUGGACAUUUUAUUCAAAGCUCUCCUGAAGUCCAAGUGUGUCGACAAAGUCGUUUUCGACUUGAGCCUUGCACGCGGUCUGGAUUACUAUACUGGGGUUAUAUUUGAAGCUGUUUUUAAAGGGGCUACCCAGGUUGGUUCGAUUGCUGCCGGGGGACGUUACGACAAUCUCAUAGGGAUGUUCGGUACGAAGCAAGUUCCUGCAGUUGGGAUUAGCUUAGGGAUAGAGAGAGUAUUUGCUAUUAUGGAGCAACUCCAAAAGGAUAAAAAUCAGGAAAUCCGAGCAACCGAGACUCAAGUCCUAGUCAGCAUCCUGGGUGAUGACCUGGCAUUGGGCGCCGAGCUUGUGAGCGAACUGUGGGCUGCAAAGGUGAAAGCCGAGUUCAUGGUCAACAAGAGGGUCAUAAAGCAUAUUGACCGGGCUCGAGGGGCCCGGAUCCCCUACAUGGUGAUAGUGGGGGCCCACGAGCUGAGUAAAGGGAUUGUUAAGCUGAAAGACGUUUUGGCCGCAAACGAGUGUGAAAUUCCAAGAGGUGAGCUUGUUUCCGAGCUUAUGAGAAGGCUGAGCGAUGACAUUUCCCGGAAAAAGGGAAUCUCCGGAAAGACGAACCCCCGACCGAUUAGCCCACCGGAGUUCCAAUUCACCGACUUUACCGGUAAGAGAUGCAGCAGGAUGAGGUCAUAUGGCACGUUAUCAGGCACAACCACUGCAGUUUUAUGGCCAAGUGUUUUCUACUUGUAUAUGAAGACUAUAGAAAGAGCACAUAUGCCGAAUAAGCUAUGGGAAAGGGUGAAAUUGCCAAGAAAUUAUGAGAAGGCCCUUGAAAUAAUAGACAAGCACUUGAUGUUUUGGCCGAAGUUAUUGGUACAUAAAACCAAGCAGAGGUUAACAAAGAUGACACAGAUGCGGAUACGCAUGAGGAAACUUGCAUUAAAGACAAGAGAGAAAAUUAUGACAGUACCAACGAAAGAGAAGAAACGAGAAGCUAGGAGGGAGGAAAAGGCUGAAAAAGCUGCUGUAUUGGAGAAAAGUAUUGAAAAGGAGUUGAUCGAACGCCUUAAGCAAGGAGUAUAUAACGACAUCUAUAAUUACCCAGUUAAUGAGUUUAACAAUAUCCUCGAUCAGGAGAUUGGGAAAAAUGCUCUUACUGAAGAUGAAGAGGAACCUGAGAUUGAAUAUGUCGAAGGUUAUGAGGAUCUUGAGGAGGAGGAUGAUAUUGAGGAUUUUGGUGGUAUUGAUCUUGGAGAUGAUGAUGACAAUGCUGAAUUGGAUAACAAUGAUGAUGAUGACGAAGAGAAUGUAUUUAAGAAAGGUAGAAAGAUUCAUGGUAGAAAGCUGGAGAAAGAACGAGACCCCAAAUCUAAGAAGAAAGUCAAAGUACAUGUUGAGGUCGAGCAUGAAGACGAGGUUGAAAGACAGACAGCUGUGCUUUAGAGUCUUUCACCAGUCUCUAAAACGGGUACUUACCUAAUACAAAAUUUUGUUCGAGGCAAGUUCAUCAAUGGCUUUUUAUUUUUCGGUUAAUAGACUAUAUUGUAAAAGGAAACCUGCUCAAUGAUAAACGAGUUUUGAGUUUUGUGAUCAGCCGAUUGUAUUUCACAUGUACGUUGAAUUGUUUGGAUCGGAAUUAAUAUCGACCUGGACUCGUUUCUAUUUCUAGUUCUUAUUUAUUUUCUCCUGAUUUUUGUCGUUUCGAAUAUGCCCCAGAAUCAUGACAUGACAUGAAAGAAUUUCACUAUGUAUUACAGUUUUUCCUAUAGUUUUUAUGAAAUUUAAUCUUAGAUUUUCCUUUC